GGACGAGCGCGUGCAAAAAGAAUAAAAAUUGAAGUGCGAAGUAGAAGACUUGCACUUCCUCAUUCUCCUCUCUCCGAGUCUCUCUCUCUCCCCACUUCAUAAUGUUUACUCACAACCCCUGUACUUUUAAAAUCCCCCAAUUUCCAUGAAUUUUGCGACUUUUUCGUCUAAAUUCAUCUACUUUUCCCGAUCACCAUGGUCCCCCAAAGCCCUAACAUGGUGUCGGCGCCUGAUGUUGUGGAUAUAAGCUCCGACGAGGAGGAUUGUGGCUUUGGGUGGAUCUCCGAUCUUCUUGAUGGGGUGGGCGAAGAAUCGGAGGGGUUUGAUGAUGUAAUGGUGGUGGAUGAUCUCUCCGCCCCUCCCGUGGUGUUGCCGCGGCGAAACCCUAAGUCGGGGAGAUCGAGAAAGGGCGGGGAGAGGGAGGGGUCGGACGAUGAGUGCCAAGUGCUCGAUUCCGACCCCAGUAAUCCGGUUUCGGUGGUCGAUGAUGGGAGGGGAUCCGAUGAGCUGCUAAUUGUUGGGGAGAAGGGGCCGUUAGCAUGCAGGGAUUUUCCUCAUCCACGGCAUUCAUGUGCGAACUUCCCAUUCAGCAGCACAUCGCAUGAGAAGCACUGUAACAUGUGCCACUGUUAUGUCUGUGACUCGCUAGCCCCAUGCAGUUACUGGGGAAAUGGUUCCUCAAGUUCCGAUCACUGCCAUUCUAAUGAUAAGGAUGAAUCGUGGAAAUCACUGAGACAGUCUUUCAAGCGCAAGAAAUACUCGGCUCCACAGCCACCGAAUCUUCAGAACGGCCCGCCUCCUGUGGCCCAGUCCAUGCAACACCCGCCUCAAUUACGUCAGCCCCCUCCAAUGCUGCGGCCUCCCCCAUUUUCCCAACCAAACAUAGUUCGGCCUUGCUCCACCACAGUUGCCACCGCCACCAUCACUCCCUCCACAAAUUCAAUAGGCCAAAGGCAAAGUCCAUGCCCUUUGAUCAUCUCCUGUAACGGACAGAGAUCGGUACAGACCCCAGGCAAAACCUACACGCUUUCUCCAAAAACACUUUGUGCGCGGAGGGAAAAAGGCACUCCUGGGGCUUUGAGUGCGCAACUUAUGUAUUCUCGCACGCGAUUUAAACGGAGUGGGACUGCUCCGCCCGUAAUUAGUAAUAUCGCGACCGGUAGAUCUCAUCCUCCACAGGUAACAUCCAGGGGAACACGGUUUCCGCAGGUUAGCAUCAAAAGGAUGAGUAGCAUACUACAGAGAUCUCAGAGCCAACCAGUAAGGUCUGCUGAAAGUAGCUCAAACAUGAUCCAGCUCACUACGCCGAACGAAACUCAUAGCACAACGGUGCCAUCACCGAGAACUCAGUGCUCGCCAGUCUCUUUAGCAGACCUUAGCACGAAAAGUUGGGAGGAUAUACUCGCUAGCGUAGCACCUGAACAUGGAGUGAGCAUUUCUCCUCAACCUUCGCUGACGAACAAAGGCCAGGAAAUGAAUAUUUUUGGCCCCGACUCUCCUGAUACUGUGAAUUUGAAUUCAUUAGAUGUAGAUAAUUGGUUGAGUCCAACAUCUGUUCAGAACGGCGAAUCGCACAGGCAAGAAAACCCCCAGCGAUCAACUAUACAGUCAUCGGAUCCAAUGAUUGGGAGCUUGCUAGCGUCUUUGGAGGAAAUAUAGAUGAAAAUGCGCAAAUUGGGUGGCGGCCGGAGUGGCUUAACAAAUGUCUAGUUUUUUUUGAUCAUUUGAACAACUUUAGUCGUAGAUAACUUAGUAGGUUCCUUGAAUGCGAUUAUCCUCCUCGCUUUUGUUUUAUUGAGAAGGAAAAGUCAGCUCCCUUGUACAGUUUCUGUUGAUAUCAUUUGCUGCAAACUUAAAAACCUUUUCGCAGGCAUUUCUCUAUUUUCCCGAGUCUCUUGUGCAGAUAUAUGAAGAGGAUUCGAAUGCAUUUAUCUCU